UGUGGCCUCAUCAUGUUUUCUCCUUAUUCAACCUGAGUUCGUGUACAAAUGAAGCCGCGGAGAAGUCAAUCGCAACUUCUCGAGGUUGUUCCCCCUGAGCUCUGCAGGAAAGGCUCGAGGAGUUGCGAUUGCCUUGCAAGUGUCAACAGGUUCAGGUGAGAGAGUACUUAUAUACCACGGGAAAUCAUGGAUGAAUCGGGGAAGGAAUGGCGGUGUGUCGGCAAGGUGGAAGAGCUAGCCAGAAAAAAGUGCCAGCGGUUAUAUUCGGCGGGCGGAAAAACGUGGGACCUGGCGCUGUUUCACAGCAAGGGGGUGUUCUAUGCGAUGGAAGCCUGGUGCUCACAUCUAGGAGGACCUCUGUUUACCGGUGAUAUCGAGGACUAUAAAGGUCGGUGUCACGUGAUGUGUCCAUGGCACGGGUAUAUGUUUGACCUCAAAGAUGGAUCUAAUGAAAUUGGACUCAAGCAAGAAGUUCACGACGUCAAAAUAGAAAAUGGAGACGUGUAUAUCCUAUAUAGGACGGAGCUAAGCCUUACAACACCCGAAUGAAAAACUGGUGCGCGACAAGAUAGAAUUCUUACAGUUGAAAAACCCUAAUCAUUGUC